AUGACAAUUUCGACAACUAAGCAACAUCAAACCUAUGGUAACAAUAACAACAAUGACAACAAUGUUGCCUGUUUAAUGACCAAUUAUGAUCAGCAACAACAACAACUACACCAGCAACCUUAUCGUUCAUCAUAUCAUCAUUAUAAUAAUCGAUACUUUAAUAAUAAUAACAAUAGUCAAUCAAAUAAGUUACAAUAUCGAAGAAUCAAUAAUUGUUCACCAAUAUUUUCAUCAUCAUCAUCAGCAACAUCAACAGCAGCAGCGAAAACAUUGUUAUCUGUUAAUAAGAAUCUUCAACAUCAUUCACAUCAUAAUCUAAAUAUUAAUAAUGGUGAGCCAUCAUUCAUUCAUACGAAACAAACAAAUUCAUCACAAUCAUAUCACAAAUGUUGUGAAUGUACAAAUUCAGCUGCUACUGCUACUGCUGCCAUUUCUGUUCCUAAAAAAUCUAAUGCCAUUAAACGUAAUUAUUCAAUGAUGUUGAAUAAUACAAAUAGUUUAAUAAGCCAAAAUCAUAAGCACAAUAAUCAGAACCAGAAUAGUAGCCAACAAAGUGAUAAUCUAGUUAUCAAUACUGGUAUUUGCCCAUUUAUUCGCAACAACCAAAACAAAAAUAAUCGUAAUAAUGGUCAGAAGAAAAAAUGUCGUAAUCGUUCGAAACGUCGCCGUAAACGUUCAUUUAAAUGGUAUAAAUCAAAUAUUAUUGAUGAUGAUGAUAAUAUCGUUGGCCAAUGCAGUAAUAGCUAUAGUCCUGAUGAACAAAAUAUUGCUGAUGAUUGUGACGAUGACGGUGAUGAUGACAAUAGUAAUAGUCGAGGUCGUUGUGCAAGAAAACAAAUGCGUUGGACCGAAUGUAAUGCAGGUGAAGUAACCAGAUUGCAUAGGAAUUGUGUACAGAAUGGUCAACCAUUAGCGCCAUAUAAUACAACACAAUUCAUUAUGAAUGAACAUUCAAAAGAGAUUGAUUUCGAAGCAUUAAGUGGUCAAAUACAACAGAUGAGACAAUCAAAACAAGAUCGUAUACAGAAUAAUAAUAAUCAUCAAGAUAUUGAUUCGGGUAAUCAUUCAGAACAUCAACAUGAACAACAAAAACAACAGCAACAACAAUCAUCAUUAUCAUCAUUAAAUGAAGAUUAUUAUAGCUCACCGGAAGAUGAAUCUUAUUUUCUUGAACAACAAUUUCAUGAAGCAUAUGAUACAAUGCAUGCUGAACGUUUGAAUUCAAUGUCAAAAAGUGAUCUAUUAAAAGAAUAUCUAUCAAUGGAAAAAGAAUUGGAAAUAUUGAAACAACAACCGCCACAGCAACGGCAACAUCCACAACAAAACGAAAAACGUAAUUCACCAAAAUCAUCAUCAACAAGUGGUGGUUGUGUUGUUGGUAGUGGUGAUGAUAUCAUCGAUCGAACCGGAACAAGUGACAUUUAUGGUGGAUCACAACGACAACGACAUUGUCAAUCAUGUUGUAUAAAUGAAAAGAUUUAUGAAGAAAACAAAUGUCUAAGGAAAUUAUUACGACAAUUAUAUAGUCGAUAUAAUAGCCUUAAAUAUUGUAUAAAUUAUGUUCAAAAUCAUAGUCAUCAUCAACAUCAUCAUAAUUUACAUUCUACAAAUAAUGAUAAUGGUGAUACAAAUUCGAUCACUACCAAUGAUGAAAAACAACAAUCAACAACAAUUGAACAUCAACAAGAUUAUCAAUUAUCUAGUGAAAUGUAUUAUUCAAUUGAAAAAUAUCUAAAUCAAAUAUCACCAAAUCAUAAAGGUGAUAAUAAUAAUGAUGACAAUAAUGAUAAUGGUAGUGAUGGUCAUAAUAAUGAUGUUGAUGAUGGUGUUGUUGUUGUUGGCAAUUCAUCAUCGAAACGAAUUGUGUCCGAUAUAGAUAUGGAUGAUGAUGAUGAUGAUUGUCUAACUAAAUCUUCAAAUGAUGAUGAUAUGACUAAUUCAUCUUCAUCCUCAUCAUCAUCAACGAGUAAUUCAUCAUCGUCGUCAUCAAGAAGUUCAGAUUAUUCUGAUGGUUCAUCAUCAUCGUCAUCCACAACAUCUUCAUCAUCAUCAUCAACGGAAACAUCAAAUUCUGCAUCAUCUUCUUGUAUAUUAGGAUUAGAUAUGAUCUCUAAAUCAUCUCAUUUAUCAUCAACAACAACAACAACAUCAUCGAUUGUCAAAAUAGUGGAAAAUUUAAUUUCCGUUGUCGUAAAUGAAAAUCAACAACAAAAACAGCAGCAGCAGCCUCAGCCAUUGGAAACAAAACAAAAGGAAGAACAUCAUGAACAAGGUAAUAAACCCCCCAACAGAGAAAAAUGAAUGAAUGUGCGAUCAAAUCGAAUUUGAUAAAGUGAAAUUUUUUUUUCUAAAAAAUCAAAAUAU